UAUCAGUCGUGUUUUCUGCUCUGCCAUUGCAAAGAGUGAAAAGAAUGGAAAUUUCCGAGAUAGAAAGGAAAUUAAUAUCCUGUUGAAAUAUCCUCCUCAAGUAAACAUUCAUAUUUCAAAUGGGACAAAUAAAAUAAUAAUUAGUUGCACUGCAUCUGGUGGAAAUCCAGCAAAUCAUAAAUAUGAACUGAAGCAAAAAUGGGGAAACACCAUUAAGAAUACUUAUGAUAUAAAAGUAUUAUCUAUAAAUCCUUCCUUCAGUAAUACUGGUACAUGGGAGUGUCAUGUAAGCAAUGAUGAUUUUCUUGUGAUUAAGUCAUCAAACUACAAAAUUCCAGUGAGACCUAUGUUCAGUUCAGGAUCAAAUUGUCCAAAAAAGAGAAAUGUUUCCAAUGGAGAAACUGUAAUUUUGAAACAGUGUUUUUAUUCGCAUCCAAAAUCUGAUGUAAAAUGGCAGAAAAAUGAGGAAUCAAUUGACUCAAACAAAUAUUUAAUAACUGAUUAUUUACAAGAUGAGUUUCCUUUCAAAGGAAGCUGUACUAGUUUGAAGAUAGAAGACACCAAAGAUGAUGUUAUAGAUACUUAUACCUUAACAGUGGAAAACUCCGAAGGAAAAGAAACUGUUGUUUUUAUUUUGAGAUAUAAGAAAAAGCAAGAAAUACCUAUGGAAAUAAUUAUUGGUUGCACUGUCGGAAUUGUAUUAUUAUUAAUAAUAAUGGGUCUUACUUAUAUAUUCUACAAAAGAGGAGGUUUUAAUGCAAUAAAGACCCCAGCAGACUACCAUGCCCAAUUUGUGGAAGAGCCUUCUGAGCAUGCAUCAGACUGA